CACACACAGUGGAGCGUGUUGGUCGCAGCUACAGACAAAUCGAGUUUUUCUAGUUAGAUUAUUUACAGAGAAACAAACGCGUUGAAGCUCCAGCAGAGCUCUGCGCGAUUCUGAAACACGAAAGUAAAGUUACUCCUUGCAAAGCAUGUUGUUUGUGUUCUUUCUUUAUCACACCAGAAGAAGUGACGAAUAUAUUUGAAUGGGAAGACUACAGUAAAAAAAAAAUAUAUAUAUUACUAAAUACAAACCGCAGGCGGUGUUUGUGAAUGAAAAGAGGAUUCCGCUAGACCAGUCUGAAACUGAAACCAGUGAAGAUGGACGUCAGUGUCUCCGUGUCGUUGUUUCAAGACGAGCUCGCCUCCACCGUCGAGCACGCAGUGAACGCGGCUGUACACACCGUCUUGUGUGCAGUUACUAAAGUUUUUGUCAGUAAAUACACUGAAUUACAAUUGGAAAUGGCUGGAAAGGAGAAAGAGAAUGAAAGUCUGAAGCUGAGAUUGGAAAUAUCAGAGAGCGAGCUGAAAGCCGUGCGAGGAUGUAUAAACGCUGCAGAUGCAGACAUUAAACAGCCUUUAAUAUUUCAAGAUCCCGACGAGAGCCACGCUAUCCCUGAAUCUGAAGAACAGGAGGGACCAAAAAUGCAGGUUACAGAGCUGGCAUGUGUUAAAGAUGAAGAGGUCCCUCAACAGGAAUGUGUUCCUAUUAAAGAGGAAUUCAUAGAGCAGGAAUGUGUCCCCGUCGCAGAGGAACUUCCUCAUGUCUGUACAUUUGAGGAGAACAACAAGCUGGGAUCCAACCUGUGUGAUGAUUCUCCAUCUGAAUGUGAACUGGGAUUUAGAGCUUCUAAAGUAGAUGAAGGAGAACACGACUCCACUCCAUCACCCCAGUGCAAAAACUCUUCUAGAGGCAAACCACAGUGCAAGAAACACAGAGAAACAACACCCCAAGAAGAAUAUGUGAAGACAUUGAGAACUCACUCUGUUACAAUCCCUUCUUUACAAGACAGACACACACUUACUGUGGAGAGUACAGAGAUGGCACAUCCUGCAUGUUUUAACAAUUCUGAAACCCAGGGCAACUUGAAGACCUUGCCUCAUUCUAUUAAAGGUGGGAAGAGUUCCUGUCAAUUAGACACUAUUGAAACUCACAAGGGAAAUCCCACAGGAGGGACUACGUUUUCCUGGGCUGAUUGUGGGAAGAGUUUCAAUCAUAUAUCACUGCUUCAAAGACACCAGUGCAUUCACACAGGAGAGAAACCUUACCACAUACAGUCCAGUGAGAAGAGUUUCACACAGUUAGGAAAUCUUCAUUCACACCAGCACAUUCACAUAAGAGAGAAACCUUAUCACUGCACUGAGUGUGGGAAGAGAUUCAUUAACUCAGGAAACCUUAAAAUCCACCAGCGCAUUCACACAGGAGAGAAACCUUUUCACUGCACUGUUUGUGAGAAGAGAUUCAGUGCCUUAGGACACCUUAAAAGGCACCAGCGCAUUCACACAGGAGAGAAACCUUAUCACUGCACUGUUUGUGGGAAGAGAUUCAUUGACGUAGGAUCCCUUAAUAAACACAAGCGCAUUCACACAGGAGAGAAACCUUAUCACUGUGCUAUUUGUGGGAAGAGAUUCAGCCAGAUAGGACACCUUAAAAGACACUAUAAAAUUCACACAGGUGUGUAAUCCUAUCCCUGCACUUAGUCUGAAGAAGUUAAGUCAAUUGCAGGCUCUUACAGGACUCGAGAACAUUCUCAGAAUUGCAAACACCUAAACAACAGGAGUACAUUUGACUACAAAAAUAUUUACUGAAAACAAAAGAAUGAACUUGCUUGAUAAAUAGGGUCACCCCUCAUCACAAUUUGUUCAGAUCAAAAACCCAUGGACCAACAAUAUGAACGACUACAUCUCGUUUCAACCAUUCAUCAUCUUGUUGAGCAUUCUGAUUUUGUUACGUCACCUUAGUAAUAUAUUAACACUAGAAGCCCCGCGGCGGUCAUUUUGGCGGUUUUGAAAACAGUUGUAUUGUGAUUAUACAGAACGGCAUUCUACUUUAUUUUUAUUUACCAGUCCGUAAUGUGUUUAGCUGUAAUCAGAUUAGUCUCUACUCUGCCUGAGUGAAUGACUGACAGUCUGUUGUUUUCAAUCAGCCUUUUGAAGGCUGGCGCCUGCUUGCCAGCUGUGCUGCUUUGGUCAGUCAAUUGGCAUCAGGGCUAGUGAAAAUAAAUACCAGAGACCGUGGAGUUUUACAACGCAACAAAACAUGGAGUUGAUGUUUUGGAUCAGAUGAUAUGGAAGUAUUCUGUGAAAGCUGGCUCCCGACGGUGGUCUGUUCAGGUGUUUUACAAUGUAUUGAACCUAUCAGCCAUCAACUCCUGGGUACUUUACAAAGAAUGCACGGAGAAGAAUUUACCAAGGAGAGAAUAUAUUUUACAGUUAGCACAGGAACUUUGCAAGAAGCAUUUGGAACAGAGGGAGACUGCCAAGCGUGUACCCACAGCUGAAGCUGGCAACCCCGCUGAGAGCCGCAAGAGACGCCAAUGCCAGGUUGUCAAGUGCAAUAAAAAUAAAACUUCGGACAACUGUGCCCUGUGCAGAAAGACGGCGUGGAGAAGCACAUUAUCUGUGUUGAUUGUGAACAGCCUUAGACUCAAGGUAAAGGAAAUACCCUUUUGUCGAAAAAAAGAAAAAUACUUUUUUUUUUUAUAUAACUUACUGUGCUGUGUGCUUCUGUAAAAAUGUGUUUUUUUUCUAAGUUUAUGUAUCUAUGUUGUUCGGUUACUUUUGCUCAUCUGAUAAUAAACCGAUUGCUGUUGAAAAGUUAAAAAUGUAUUGCUAUCGUUUGAGUUUUAUAAAUAGGUAUGUUGUAAACCGAUGUCUGUUCAGAUGUUUGUUUAUUUACAUUUUCUUGUUUUGAUAUAUAAUAUGCUUCGGUUGUUCAGAUGUUUGUGACUUACUCAAUAAAAAUACUAAUUACA